UUAUAUCCACUGAACAUGUCCCAUAACAUCUGUUUGGUAGAUGCAUAACCAAACAAUUAGUUACCCUAUUCCAACAUGACCAACGAGGCCACUUCGUCCAGGCAAAAACCAUCUUCAGCAAAGCCCUUAGAAAUAACUGAAAAAGUGAGAGUCCUCUGUUUGCAUGGCUAUCGCCAAAAUGGCGAAAGCUUUAAAAGUAAACUCGGCUCAUUUCGCAAACAUGUAAACAAAUAUGCCGAGUUUGUUUUCAUAGAUGCACCGCACAAGGCAAAACCCAUGGAAGAGGGUGCAGAACCGCAAGCCGAUCAAUUGAGUUGGUGGUUUAAUAAGGACGAUGGUUCAUUCAAGGGUACCAAUAAAAAUGGACCGGCAUUUGGUUUUCAGGAGAGUCUAAAAUUGGUUGAAGAAACGUGGAAAACACAGGGACCAUUUCAAGGCUUGUUGGGCUUUUCACAGGGGGCCUGUUUUGUGGGUCUGAUAUGCGGUUUGGCGAAGAAAAAAUUGACCUCGAUUAAACCGGAAUUUGCCAUUAUGUCUUCGGGAUUUCUUUCUGGCAGUUUGGUGCAUAAAAGUGCCUAUGAAGAGUCAGUCAUAAUACCCACAUUGCACAUUUAUGGUCUAUCCGAUGAAAUUAUACCCAAAGAAAUGAGCCAAGAACUGGCUAAUCAUUUUAAAAAUGUCGAAGUUUUGGAGCAUAACGGCGGCCAUUAUUUCCCGGCCACGUCGCAACAGAAACAAACGUACAUUAAUUUUUUCCAAGAUCGUUUGCAGGAAUACUUAGAAAAUCUUGAAUUGCAACAGACGUCAAAUGCGGCAUUUGUCGAGGAACAACCACAAAAUAGUGAAGAUGUUUCGGAUUCACUGGAGGAAAGUGAUUAAAGUAAUAACUUUGUAUUCCAGUCAAAAUUAUAUGAAAAUAUUAAAAAUAUGUAAUUAUUUAAAAAUAGUUUUAUAGGAAUUAAUGAAAUCUAUGAACAAUAUCAAAAACUAUGAACAUGUGUUGGCUGAGCAGCAACAAUUUGGAGGUCAAGCCGAAGUAUUUGUAGGUUUUUAUUAAAAUUAUUAUGCAGUCAACAUUCACGAGAUUUAACAACAAAAAAAUGUUUUUCUUUGGAAAGCCUUUGUUUUUUAGCUACAACGGAAUUGAUUUUUUAUUAUAAUCCGGAUGUAGGGAAAGAAUUUUUAACGCUUCACGUAAAUGGACCACUUUUGUCAUUAGCACGUCCGGUAAGCAUAAGUAAGAAUUGAAGACGAAACAAAUCUGAACGCUUCUCCAUUGCCUAGCACUACACUUUUUAGAAGUAGUUCGUAAUUGUAAUUGAACAAUUAUAUUUGUAAUUUGAGAAAUUCAUUUGUGAUUAAAUACAUUUCAAUUGUUAUCCGAUAAUUCCAA